AUGGCUUUCAAUGAAUUUCUUAAAAAGAAAUUUCCCGUUCAGGCCCAUCUAUAUACUAUAGAGGGGCACACUUGUAAGCCUUACCUUUUUGAUUGCAAAUUGAGCGUAAAAAAAGAUAAGAUAAUAAUAUGCAACAGCAUCACGAAACUUUUUUUUUCUGAAGAUAAGAUUUGUGAUUUUUUGUAUCUUCAGUUGAAUAUGUGUUACAUUAAAUACAUUAAUAAUGAUGCUGUUGAGAAAUAUAUUAUUGUAUUUAUGGAUAUAACGCACACAUAUUACUUUUAUAAGUAUAUGAUGUAUUGUUAUAUAAAAGGAAGUUUAAUAUCGUACAGAUAUAUUGAUAUCUACAAAGUAGAUUGUAUACAUAGAACAUUGUAUAAAAAGAAAUUGUUCUGUGUAUUUCUCCACAAUUAUAACAAAUACGAACAUAUAUUUGUUAUUCUGAAAGAUAAUGCAGAAAAGAAACUUAAGAAAUAUAUAAAUAUUUCUUUAUUACCUAAAUUAAAUGAGCACAUGAAUAAUUCAAAUGGCAAAGUUUGUGAAGUAUACAAUGAAGCUUCAACAAUACGAAUUCUUAGAGAAUUAUAUAUUAAAAAUAAAGUAUUUUUAAUGCACACCAUGAAUUCUAUUAGUAAUAAAUAUGCUCAACUUGAAUCUAUAUACAUUGACUGUACGAAAUUUGUUUUGAAAAAUGUUUUUCAAAUUGUUGCAUAUAACUCCUUUUAUAGCGAUGGCUUUUCAUACAGAACAUUUUUCUUAAGAGAUUCUGAUGAUGACGUAUGGUCUAACGACGAAUAUACAUGUUAUGAAAAAAUGGAAGAAAUAUCAGCUGAUGCAAAACCAAAUAUUCAUAACAUACAAGGAAUUUAUUAUAUUAUCCAUAGAGCAAUCGAAAGGGUUAAAACCAUAUAUUGCAGGAUACCAACAGGAUAUGAAAUAUUACGAAAUUUUUAUCAUGGGAUACAAAAUGAUAUAGAAAGUUCUCAACAAAAUAAUCCACAUGUUCAGAAAAAUAAUGUAGUACACCAAGAACGUUCCUUAUCUGAUCAUGAAAAUAGAAAUUUUGGUCAGCACAAUAUGCAUAAUAGUCAAGAAAGACGUAAUACUUUUCAAAAUAUUCUUGACGCUUAUCAAGAAAACAUCCAUCUUGUUAGAGCAAGUCUUGAGGAUCAUCACGAAAUUUGUAAUAUUGAUGAGGAAACGCAACAAUGCGAACAAAUAAGUGAGAGGGAUCGACCAACACACGAAAUGAACCAUGAAAUGUAUAAUAUUGAAAAAAGAAUUGUAUUAAUUAAUGAACAAAUGUGUGUAAUGGAAUUACCAACACAUGGAGUUGAAUUAUCUGUAUAUACAAUCGAAUUACCAGUACAUACAAUUCAUUUACCCAUAAAUUCCAUUGAUGUGAGUAUAAAUGGAAUUCAGAUACCAAUACGUGAAAUACAUAUCCCAUUAUAUAAGAGAGAGAUGUCAAUAUGUAAAAUUGAGAUCCCAUUUUGUAAAACGGAGAUACCAAUAUGGAAAUUUGAGAUACCUAUAGGACAAUUUGAAAUACCCAUACGUACACUUGAACAAAGAAUAUAUGACAUUGACCAACACAUUGGUGUAAUUGAUCACAUCAUUCGUGAAAUUGACGACGAAAUUAUUGAUUUCAAUAAAUCUAUUUCUAAUAUUAAUAAGAACCAUAUUAAAUGUGAUCAGGUACGUUCUCACAUUAAUCAAUCUCAUCAUAAUAUUACACAAUCUAAUUGCAGCACUGAUCAGUUGAAUUUUCUUUCUGAUAAAUCCAAAAUAAAUGCAGUCCAACCAAAAGCUCAAUUAAAUCGUUUCCAUAUGAACAAGGACCAAUCAAAUGAAAAUUUUGAUAAAUUAGAAAUUAAAUCAUCUAAUAAUAAUAUUGUUCCAUAUAAAAAAUUGAAUUAUAAAGAAACAUUUAAUAAUAUUAUAAAUAUAUUAUAUAAGAAUAUAUAUUCUACAACUAAAAAUAUGAAUUCAUGUUUGGUUCAUGAUCCUUUAAUUGUUCAUGCUAUUAAAUUGUUCAAUGAAAGGAAAAUGGGAAAUCCAAAAACCUUACCACAAAAUGGACAAAAUGGACAAAAAGAACAAAAAGAACAAAAUGAACAAAAUGGACAAAAAGAACAAAAGGAACAAAAUGAACAAAAAGAACAAAAUGAACAAAAUGAACAAAAGGAACAAAAGGAACAAAAUGAACAAAAUGAACAAAAAGAACAAAAAGAACAAAAUGAACAAAAAGAACAAAAUGAACAAAAAGAAAAAAAUGAACAAAAUGAACAGAAUGAACAAAAUGAAGGUGUACGCGCAAUUGCUCCUUCACAAGAAAAUAAUCGCUCAGAAGAGGAUGGUCUCGAAAAAGGAAAUGAUGACAUAUAUGCAAGUGAUCACAUAAAAGGAACCGAUAAUGUAGAAAAAAAUUAUGUAUUUGAAAAAUUCCGUUACUCAGAAAACAGUGGUUUCUUACUAAAUAAUAAUACUCAAGGAGAAGCUCAAAAUAACCUUUUCGGUUUUCAUAAUAUGACGAAGGAUUCUGUAUCUACUGAAAAUAAAAAGGAAGAUGUUGACGUAUUACAAAGGUACAUUAAUGACUAUAUUGAAACGACAAUAAAAGUGUUAAGGGAAAAUAAGAAGAGGAGAAGACGACGAUCAAAGAAUAGUACAAAAUAUGAGAUGAAUCUGGAUGUGAUGUUGAAAUAUUUAACAUAUGAAAUAUUUCUUAAUAUAAAAAAUUUUAAGAAAGAAGUAGCAAAAGAAUAUAGAAAUGACGAUGAAUUAUAUUGUGUUAUAAGUAACAUUGUAUUAUCUAAGUAUGCAACUGUAUGCGAUUUUUCGAAAAAAAAGGUAAACAAAUCAAGGGUAUCAAUGCAUCCGAUUAAUAAGAAAAAGAAAACGAAUAAGAUACAAAGGAGGAAUACCAUAAAAAAAAACAAAAUGAUACAAAAAAAUAACUAUAACAUUAAAAAUUUGAAUAAGGAUGAUGAUAAUAAUAACAAGGGAAAUGGAAAUGGAAAUGGAAAUGGAAACGCAAACCAUCAUAUAUCCAGAAACAUAAAGAAGAACGUGCACAAAUAUAAUAGCGAGAAAACAUCCAACAACACUUCUGAAAAUAAUAUAUUCAGUAGUAUGUACAGUAAUUGUGUGGGUAAUAAAUUUUAUAGGAAAUUCGAAGGAGGAAAGAAAUAUAAAUCUAGAAAGGUAAAUAACCUAGCAUGGAAAAAUGAAAUUAUUAAUCUGUCAGACUCUGAGGAAUCAGAUGAAUCUGAAAAAAAGGAUGAUAAAAAAAAGGAAAAACAAAAAUGUCGUAUGAAAUAUAAACAUUUAAGUACAAGUGGAAUAUAUUCUUUAGUAUUGAGACAAAAUAUAUUACCAAAAGGUUACAAAGAAAAGAUGGAAAGGAAUUCCAAAGAAUUAAAAUUAUGGAAUUAUAUUAAUUAUGAUAAUAUAUAUAAUGAAUUAAGUAUAUUUGACUUUUAUGAUAUUAAUAAUAGAAAGAAAUUAUAUAAUGUAAAAAGAGAAGCUUUUAUAUAUGAAAAUGAAAAAUGUAUACCAAAAGAAAUACAUAUUAAUAAUGAUGAAGGGAAUCAAUUAAUUUUAUUAGAUGAAAGAUAUGAUACAAAUUUCUAUAUGAUGGAUGUAAAAAAAGAAAAGUUAGUAAGAAAAUGGUGUAAUGAAAAUAUCCCUAUAACUAAAUUAUUAAAGAAGAUGGAAAAUUUAUAUUUGGGAUUUAAUGAAAGUUCUUUAUUUUUUGUAGAUACAAGAUUAGAAAGAUGUAUCCAAAAUAUAUUUCAAUAUAAUAAAUAUGCAUCUCCUAUAGAACAUGCAAGUAUAGAUAAUAAUGGGAGAAUUACAUCAAGUACAUCACGUGGAGAACUGAAAUAUUAUGAUGGUACAAUAAAUAAACAGAACAAAAUCAAAAAAAGUAAAAAUGUUAUAUAUUGUUCUGAUGAUAUGGUUCAUUUGACGACAUCACAUAAGGGAAUGUAUUCUAUUGUUACUUGUCAAAAGAGAAUAAUAAUCUAUGAAAACUUUAUGGAUAAUAAAAACUUUUUUGAUCAUGUAAUCAGAAAAUGUUAUCGUUAUCAACAAAAUUCAGUAAUCCUGAAAUUAGAACCAAUUGACGAAAUCAUACAUGAUCUUGGAGAUUAUACUUUUAUUAAAACUGUUACCUAUAGUAAUUCUAAAUAUAUUUUUACAUUUGCUAAAGACUUUUGUGUAAUAUGGAAUUUAUAUCAAGGCAUAAAUAAAAACGUAUCUUAUACAAUUAAUAAAGUUCCAGAAGAUAUCUCAGAUAUAUCUUUAUAUGAUACUUCUGAUGACCAUGACGCAUUACUCCUUGCUACUGAACAUACUUUAACCUUAACAAGAAUUAUAUAA